CGAAUCCAAAAAGUUAACUUUAGAGCACAGCAGUCAAAACUAACGCAAAGUUUUGUUUUUGUUUUUAUUUUUAAAAUUUUCAAUCAAAUCCCUUUCUGGCCAGAACGAGCACCGCUACCGCUAGCUUAUUCACCCAGCAAUAAUAGUUGUAUUUUUCCACAUUUAAAUCCAUAAAAUCAAAGCCCCUAAUUCAAUUAAACAUCCCCCAGCUUCUCAAUUUCAGGGGCUCUUGGUUGGGAGCUGUUACAAUGUACCGACCUGUGGCUACAGCUGCAGCCACGGGGGGAGUCCCAACUGACAAUGGGGACUAUGUUGUGACUUUGGAUCAAGUCCCACGGUGGAAUGAUGCAGAGAUUAGGUCUUCCUUGGAGUAUGAGAAUGAAGAUCCUUCAUUUUCAAAAUCCUUUUUAUCCGACCCCUUAACCUCUCCUGGGGAGGAGAGUGGAAGUAAUGGGUUGGCGUCGAGGUUUCCGGUCGAUCAUGAAAUAAACUCAAAGAUAUACUUGUGGAGGGGACAGCCGUGGAACCUUGAGGUUGACGCUGUUGUUAAUUCUACAAAUGAGAGCAUGGAUGAAGUACACAGUAGCCAAGGUUUGCAUGCAGCAGCUGGGCCUGGUCUUGCAGAAGAAUGCACGACGUUGGGAGGCUGCAGAACAGGGAUGGCCAAAGUUACUAAUGCAUAUGAUCUUCCUGCUAGGAGAGUUAUCCAUACUGUUGGUCCCAAGUAUGCAGUAAAGUAUCAUACUGCUGCGGAGAAUGCUCUGAGUCACUGUUAUCGAUCUUGCCUUGAACUUCUUAUUGAAAAUGGUCUUCGGAGUAUUGCUAUGGGCUGUAUAUACACAGAGGCUAAAAACUACCCCCGUGAACCAGCUGCACAUGUGGCUAUAAGGACUGUUCGCCGAUUGCUUGAAAAGCAGAAAGAUAAAAUUACUGCUGUUGUCUUUUGUACUAGCACAUCAUCUGAUACUGAGAUCUAUAAGAGAUUACUUCCACUUUACUUUCCUCGAGAUAAGCAUGAGGAGGCGAUGGCCAUAUCUAAGCUUCCUGCUGAUGUUGGGGAUGAAAAUGGUGAGACUAUCAUUCAUGAGCGUAAAAUCAGAAUAAAGCCAUUGCCCAAAAAGGUCAUCCCAAAGCCUUCCCAACCUCCAGCUGAAGUCCCUGCUAGUGAUGUAGGUUUGGUACAAAGAAACUCAAGUUACUUAGAUACAUAUUUGGAUCCUGCUUUCAUGUCCCUGAUGAAAGAUCCAGACCAGAGACGCCAGGAACAAUGGGAAAAAACUGCUCAAGCCCGAGGUGGUUGGAAUUGUGCUAAGAUGCUUGGUUUUGGUGACAUAGGUGGGCCUCCAUUAUCUGCUGCAGAAGAAUACUCACUUCACUCCAGAUGUCUUGCUAAGGCAAAUUCUCUUAAUCUUUCUGAAAUUGCAGAGAUGAAAAUUCUUUAUCGCGGGGGAGUGGACAGUGAAGGUCGCCCUGUUAUGGUUGUUGUUGGAGCACAUUUUCUGCUGCGGUGUCUUGAGCUUGAGCGUUUCAUUCUCUAUGUUGUAAAGGAAUUUGAACCUUUGAUACAGAAGCCUUAUACCAUUGUAUACUUCCACUCUGCAGCAUCAUUACAAGUCCAACCGGACUUGGGAUGGAUGAGAAGAUUGCAGCAAAUACUUGGUCGGAAGCACCAACGUAACUUGCAUGCAAUAUAUGUUCUCCAUCCUACAUUUCACUUGAAGACUGCAAUUUUUGCUCUGCAAAUGUUCGUGGAUAAGGUGGUAUGGAAGAAAGUGGUAUAUGUUGAUAGGCUUCUGCAGCUAUUCAAAUAUGUUCCUCGCGAGCAGUUGACCAUCCCUGAUUUCGCGUUUCAGCACGAUAUAGAAGUGAACGGUGGAAAGGGUCUUAUUGUAGACCCUCGAACGAAAUACGUAUAUCAUCGACCAUAGAACAUUUAAAUACACAGUUUCAGAGUUGAUGAAAGCCAGUAAUUCUUGGUUUGAUUUCCUCAUCACCUUGUAUUUGUAGGCAGGUAGUGGGUUGGUUGUGUUUGGUUUUUCAUGUAGAUAUGUUUCUUUUUUUUUCGCUGAAUUUUUUGAGCAAUGAUUUGUUUGUUAAUAAUGUAUAUUUCAUGGUGAUGUGGGCUUUUCUAUUUGAUUUCACCAUGUUGCACUACAUCCUGAGAAAGGGGACUCUUUCUUGGCAUGUUUUAAAGAGGGGAAGGGAUUGUCCGGGUUUUGAAUCUGUCGAUUAUGGGCAUGGUCUCGACUUUAGACAGAUCAGAUUGUAAGUGUUGAGCUUUGAAUUCUUUUUUGUACUUCAUUUUUUGAAUGAAUCAUUACCGUUCAAAUC